CAAGUACACCUCUCUGCAGCAAACAGAAAGGGACUGGAGCGAAGUCCUACUCGCCAUAGAUAUGCUUCUCGCUUUUUCUGGAAAUGAAACACCGGCGGAGAAGACUGACGUCAUCACCUAAGGACAACAACUGAAAGAGGAGGUAGCGGAUUUUGGUGGAUUAAAGCAACGGCCAGCUCAGUGUUUAUCCCCAGACUGUAUCUAACGCCCCCAUCGAAACCGUCUGCAACGUUGAUAGUCGAAGCAGAGUGAAGACAUUUCAAGGAAACGAGAAGUACGGGCUGAAAACAGUAACCGGGCCGAGAGAAGCAGAGUACUGUCUCCUUGGUGACCGUGAGGGGGUCUCACCUGCUCAGCUCUGCAAAUCCUCCCAUCUCCUGUCCUGUGGUUAUGUCUUCUGUGGAUUCCAGUGGGGAUGGCGGGAAGUGGCUGGAUGCCCACUACGACCCAGUGGCUGGUCUCUACACCUUCUCGUCCUGCAUAGACCUGGCAGAUCUUAGCGGGGACAGGGAGAGCCGACUCGUGGUCGGGGACCUGGGCACCGGCUCAUCAGGCAUGAAGCUUAAGGUCUACCGUGGCACGGCACUCAUAAGUGAGAAUAGCCUGCUGGACCUACCUGCUGGCCUGGUUGCCUUUUUCAUGGACCUGCAUGAGCCCCGCAUCCCCGCCGUCGCCGUGGCCUCUGGACCAUGCAUCUAUGUCUACAAGAACCUGCGGCCAUACUUCAAGUUCACACUUCCGAGCCUGGACAUCAACCCAUUGGAGCAGGAUGUGUGGCAGCAGGUAAGGGAGGGUCAAAUCAACCCUGUGAUGCUGAAGGAGAUGCUGGAAAGUAUCAGGAAGAAGGCAGACAUCCCACUGUCCGUCCGAUCGCUCAGGUUCCUGUCUCUGGAGUCUGAUGAGAUGGACGAGUUUGUUCAGCUGUACAAACAGCAGCCAAUCAGGCGGCAGACGGUCAUCACCUGCAUCGGAACUCUAAAGAAGAGCACAGCCGAUGAGGACGGGAUUAGCUGUUUGGUGAUUGGUACAGAGAACAGCGACAUCUUCGUCCUUGACCCUGAAGCUUUCACCAUUCUCUGCAAGGUACACUCUAGUUAGCUGGUUUAAACCAGUCUCUACUAGUUCUAAACUGGCUUGACAUGACUCGAAAUUAGUCUGACCUAGUUUUUAACUGGUCUGAAAACAUUUAGAUGACUCUAAACUUGGUUGAGCUAAUUCUAAUUAGAAAAGUGCAGCGCACAAAAAAA